UCAACGAUCUCUGCAGCGCCCUCAAGGCCGAGUCCGUCGCUGACUUACAAGAAGUCCUCUGCUCCAUGGUCCUCUCUGAGUGCGUUUACAAGAGGCCUGCCGCUGAGAUGCUUCGCUUUAUUAACAAGUUCAAGUCAGAUUUUGGAGGACAAAUUGUAUCUCUCGACCGCGUUCAGCCUUCUUUAGAUCACGUACCACACCGGUACCUGUUAGCGGAGUCAGAAGACACAUUAUUUGCUUCAUUUAUUGGAACAAAACAAUACAAGGAUGUUAUUGCUGAUGUAAAUAUUUUUCAAGGAGCCAUAUUCCAUGACGAAGAUGCAGAACAAUUUGAUGUGGUUGAUGGUGUUGAAACCGACCAGCUUGACAUCCAAAAGAAGAAUGAAGAAUCUAGAGUAAAGCCGCCAAUAAAGAAGGCCUCAAGGCCUGCUGCCCACAGGGGAUUCUUGGCUCGUGCUAAAGGAAUUCCAGCACUGGAGUUAUACAAGCUUGCCAUAAAAAAGAAGAGAAAGCUUGUCCUUUGUGGGCAUUCACUUGGUGGUGCAGUCGCAGCGCUGGCUACACUUGCAAUACUGAGAGUUCUUUCUUCCACUACCCUUUCGAAAGAUCAUGAAGAAGUUGAAGUAAAGUGUAUCACUUUCUCUCAACCUGCUGUCGGAAAUGCUGCUCUGAAAGAGUAUGUUGAUCGGAAAGGAUGGCAGCAUUACUUCAAGACAUAUUGUAUUCCAGAAGAUCUGGUGCCUCGUAUCUUGUCUCCUGCUUAUUUUCACCAUUAUAAUUCACAAACAGUGCAAGAAUCCCCUACUUCAAGUAAUUCUCAUACGAUAUUAGUUAAAAGUGAAGAGCUGAACAAAGUGCCAAGUAUAACCAAGUCUAAAGAGACUAAUGGGGAGCAGCUUGUAUUGGGCCUAGGCCCCCUUCAGACAUCUGUCUGGAGACUUUCUAAACUAGUCCCUCUAGAGGGUGUCCGGAAACAUCUAAGCAGAUUUCGACGAGUAGAAAAUGGGUUUGUAGAAGUAUCCCCUAUUGCAGAUCGUGGUGGAUCAUUGACAGUUGAUGAAGCUGAAACAGAACCACAAUCCCUUGAAAUUGAAGAGGGUUCUGAAGGGAUUUCACUUAAUCCACUUCCCAAGAAAGAAGAUGGAAUGCCUAUUGAAGCAAAUGGAAACUUGAUAGACUUAAAGAAUAACAUCAUGGCUGGGAACUCUAGGCGAUGGCGAACAGUACCUUCAUUGCCUUCUUAUGUACCAUUUGGAAAGUUGUUUCUCUUGGGAAGUUCAUCUGUGGAAUCUCUUUCUGAUGCAGAGUACUCAAAACUAACCUCGGUGAGGUCUGUCAUAUCAGAAUUGAGGGAGCGAUUACAGUCACAUUCCAUGAAGUCGUAUCGGUCACGUUUUCAGAGAAUAUAUGAUCAGUUAAUGUAUGUACAUGCUUCUACGUUUCUGGGAAUCGAACAGUUGCCAGAAUUUCCACAAUUGCAAAAAUGGCUCGGAUUGACAGCUGGUGGUGCUGUUGAACUGGGACAUAUUGUUGAUCCCCCUGUUAUCCGCGCAGCUGGUCAUGGCCUCCAUCUGUGUACUCUUGUUCAGGCUCAAAUAAAUGGAAAUUGGUGCUCAACAGUUGUAGAAUCACUACCUCCUGUGCCUUCACACGCAUCAAAUCCUAGCGUACAACCUAAUUUACAGAAGAUGAGGAUAUUAAUUGGCCCUCCAUUAAAACAGCCUCCAACAUUUCCUGCUCCAGAAGAAUCUAUACAACCCAUGUUUUCUUCUGAAUCAAUGGAAUAUGUCAGUUCUCAUCAUGACCAUGACAUUGGAUCUAUUCUUGAGGAAAAAAGAUUAUGCCCUGUAGGGUUGAAUGGUUUUGUCAUAUACUGCACCAGUGAUUUUAUCACCGUCUCUAAGAAGGUUCACAUGAGAACACGAAGGGUUCGGCUACUUGGCUUAGAGGGUGCUGGAAAAACUUCUCUAUUGAAAGCUAUAUCGGAUCAAGAUAGACACAGAAACAAAGUUAAAUUUGAGAACAUUCAUCCAGAGGUGGAUACUCAGGAAGCAAUUGUGGGUGGAGUAUGCUAUCUAGACUCAACUGGAGUAGAUCUGCAGGAGCUACAAUUGGAGUCUACUAGAUUUAGGGAUGAAUUGCAGGCAGGAGCGGUUGACCUCAAUAAGAAAACCGACCUGGUUGUUCUCGUGCACAAUCUUUCCCAUAAGAUACCUCGAUAUUACCAAUCAAAUAUUUCACAGCAACAACCAGCUCUCUCAAUUCUCCUUAAUGAGGCCAAGGCUCUUAAUGUCCCCUGGCUUCUUGCUAUAACAAAUAAAUUCUCCGUCAGUGCUCAUCAACAGAAAAUGUUGAUUAAGUAUGCCAUGGAAGCAUAUGAUUCAUCUCCUGGGACGACUGAAGUCGUAAACUCUUGCCCUUUUGUUAUGCCUACUGAUGCCAGUUCUCUUCAGUCUCAGAGUUCAAUAUAUGAGAACUUGAGCAGGAAGGAGAUUACUCAAAGAAUGUUUCAAGCGCCUCUCAGCCUGGCUCGAAUGCCUUUCAAGAGAAAAACUUUGGUUAUGCCUGUUCAAGGAGUCACUGCUUUUCGGAAACUUGUACACCGUGUGCUUAAGAGUCAAGAGGAAAAAGCUUUCCAGGAACUUGCAAAUGAAAGGUUAGCGAUUGAACUGGCAAAAGAGGAGGAGAGAGCUUCGAGUGCAAGCCAAGAUUCACAAGGAAAAGGGAGUUCAGUAACUGCUGCUGCCGUGGGCGCAUCCUUGGGCGCUGGUCUUGGCCUAGUGUUGGCCGUAGUUAUGGGUGCAGCAUCUGCGUUAAGGAAACCCUGAAGAUUUGGAUUGAUAUUUUAUAACUGCAUAUACAGAUUUUUGCUCGAGAAGGCAAGUACCAUCGGCUUUCUUCUCCUUCAUCAGGUUGGUGUGAAGAUGAACAAUAUGUUGUCUAUAUUAAGGUUAUUCGUUGGUUGAUCGAUUCAUGCAGCCUUUUUGUUAAUUUUCGUCAUUUCAGCAUUCUACUGUAAAUUAAAAUACUAUAUAGCACAAAAAUAUCAGUGACCGGUUGAUGAUCUUGAACAAAACUGUUUUAAGAAUUCUGAUUGGUGGUUUUAUUUUCGUAAUAGAUGGCGUAUAUUAUUGGUUUGGUUGCUGGUCUUGACCAGAAAUUGAACUUUUUAGAA